AUAACUCGUGGCCUUAACCCAUUAGUGCAUAAGGUCCCUUUAAAGGGACGGUCAGCUUUUGCUCUCUUACUCUCCCAUUUUGCAAUACAGAUCUCAUGUAAGUUGAUGGUAUAGUUGUUGACAUUACACCAAACCAGUUUGUGAUUGAUUGCAGUGCAGUAAACUUUAAAUUGUGUGAUUUUUUUUGCGAAAUAUGGAACAAAAACUAAAAAAAAAUAUCAGAACACGUGGGAGGUAAGUAAAUGUGAAUAACAAAUAAAUACAGGUGAAAUUAUUUAACAAUUUUAAAUGCAAUUAUCUUAAAUUUAUUGUAAUAAACAAAUUUAAGUGGUUGUGAGUGAUAAAAAUAUUGUAAUUUGUGAAUAAUACCGUUAUUUAUCCAACGUCCCUUAUAAGGGACGCUAUGCAGACAGGACAGUUAACAAUAAUAUUUUAUUACAACAAUAAUAUUUUAUUACAGACUAACAGUAGCUGAAAUACUGGAAGAGAUCGAAGCUUUUGAUGGUCAGUUGCAAGAACUUAACAUUUUUGCAAUCCCACCAUUGGAGGAAAAUGAGACCGACCAGGAUUCGGACGGUAGUGAUGACGAACACGAGGCGAACUUGGAUCAUCUCGGCCCGAAAUUAUUGACUGCGGAAGGCGAGAUCCAAGACGAAUUCGAUGACUGGAGUGACAGUGACGAUGAGCCACUGGCUAAAUACAGAAAAACCGUCAGUUCGAGUGUGCGUGCGGGAAAUGCCUUGCGUUGGCGAAAAGUGGACCCGGUGUACGACAUACAAACGGAAUGCGAAACAAUACCGCCGAGUGCCGAAGCUCAAGCCGCCAGUUCGCCUACUGAUUUCUUUGAGCUAUUUUUUUUCUGAAGGCAUCAUAAAUUUUUGUGUUGAGCAGACAAAUUUAUAUGCUCUUCAGAAAAAUGUUGACCUGAGAAUGAGUAUGGACGAGGCGAGAGUUUUUAUUGGCGGUAUUUUGAUGUCGGGGUACGCAAAAUACCCCAACAAACGUUUGUAUUGGUCGGAGAAAUCUGAUUCGCCAAGAUUGCUAGCGAACAGCAUGAGGCUGAAUCGAUUUGAGAAAAUUCUAAAUAAUUUCCAUCUGAAUGACAACACGCAAGCCCAGGGUACCGAUCGGCUUUACAAAAUUAGGCCACUAAUUACUCACCUGAACGAGGCGUUUCUAAAGCAUGGUGGAAUGGACGAGAAUCUCUCCAUUGAUGAGAGCAUGAUACCGUAUUAUGGUAGGCACUAUGCUAAACAAUAUAUCCGUGGUAAGCCCAUUCGAUUUGGAUUCAAAAACUGGGCUCUGAAUUCCAGCGAUGGAUAUAUGCUUCAGUUCGAUGUGUAUAUGGGCAAAAAUGCAGAGAGCGUCCCACAAGGAUAUGGAGUAGGAGGUGACAAAGUGGUUGAUCUCCUCACGAAAGCAAAUGUACCACACCAUAAGGGAUUCAAGCUUUUCAUCGACAACUAUUUUACGUCCGUGAAACUGUUGCGCAAUUUGGCCAGUAUGGGGAUUUGUACAUCUGGUACAAUUAGAGACGGUCGCAUAGAGAAGUGUCCUCUUCGUAAAAUAGCCGCCAUGAAAAAGGAGCAGCGAGGAUCCAGCGAUUUUCGUUUUACUGACGAUGGAUGGCAAGAUUCUCGUUGUAAGAUGGAAAGAUAAUAAUGUGGUCACCAUUGGCUCCAACUUUGAUACCAUCGAUAUCGGGACGUGCAAGCGCUACGCGAGAGGGCAAGGUGCGAUACAGAUACCACAGCCGAAACUUCUUCAGCGCUAUAAUCAAGGCAUGGGAGGCGUUGAUAAAAUGGACCAGAUGGUGGCUGUGUACCGGUCUAGAAUUAGACAGCGUAAGUGGUGGUGGCCCAUAUUUGCAUAUUUGUUGGACGCAUCGAUCGUAAACGCAUGGAUCCUUAUGCGGAAAGUUCAUCCGAACGACCCAAAUUGUGGCACUCUGCUAAUUUUUCGCAGGUACAUAGCCAAUUCGUAUCUAGAGAGAUACGGAAUGCCGUCCUCAAGAGGAUCGAGUAGAACCAGCAUCAACCCUGAUGCGCGCUACGAUGGAAAAAACCAUAUGAUUGAGUACUCGAAUACGGAUAAGAGAUGUGCCUAUUGCGGAAAGAAGUCUAACUUUGUAUGUACUAAGUGCGAGAAAGGGCUUCAUCCGAAAGAAUGCUUCAAGCAAUAUCACACUUCAAAUGCCCAUACUGCAUAGUGUCCCUUAUAAGGGACGGUCCCCAAAACCCCCAAAACACAUUUUUUUUAAUAAAUCGAAUUAAAACUACUUUAUUAGACUUAUUUCAAUGCAUAAUGAUAAAAAAAAGGUAAGUAUAGCGCCAGGGAACUUCAUGCACUAAUGGGUUAACCGAAACCGCCCCUGUGAAGAACAAAGCGUUCGGCACUGUCAGUCAUUCAACGCUGAUAGAAGA